AUGUCAUCCUCCUCCUCCUCCUCCUCCAUAAUAGAUCACGUUACUGACUUUGGUCAAGAGCUACUUCCGUACUUGACUAAAUGGUACACCAUUGUCUUUCUCAUUGUACUCACUUAUAUCCCACUAUUAAACCUUAGAAACUACUACGUUGCUUGGAAAUUGGGAUGUCAAGACCCACCUAAAUUCAGUAAGGCUGGCUUUACUGGUGUCUUUGCCUUGAUCGAAGCAGUUAAAAAGAAGAAUGCAGGAAGAUUAGCUGAUUGGGGUGAUGAAGAAUUUGACCACUACCCAAACCAUUCCUUAUACUUGAAUGUUGUUGGAUUGUUAAAGAUUGUAUUCACUGUUGACCCUGAAAACAUUAAAGCUGUAUUGGCUACUCAAUUCAAUGAUUUUUCCUUGGGUACCAGACAUGCACAUUUCGCUCCUCUUUUAGGAGAUGGUAUUUUCACCUUGGAUGGUAAUGGAUGGAAAGAUUCACGUGCAAUGUUGCGUCCACAAUUUGCUAGAGAACAAAUUGCCCAUGUUAAGUCAUUGGAACCACAUUUACAAAUUCUUGCUAAACAUAUCAGAUCCACCAACUUUAACACUUUUGAUUUACAAGAAUUGUUUUUCAAAUUUACUGUUGAUACUGCUACGGAGUUUUUGUUUGGAGAGUCGGUUCACUCCCUUUAUGAUGAGAAAUUGGGUGUUGCUCCACCAAACAAUAUUCCAGGAAGAGAAAGUUUUGCUGAUGCGUUCAACAAGUCGCAAAAAUACCUCGCCACUAGAACUUAUAUGCAAAUGUUUUACUUUUUCAUCAACCCCAAGGAAUUUAGAGACUGCAAUGCUAAAGUACAACACUUGGCUAAAUACUUUGUCAACAAGGCACUUAAUUUCACACCCGAGGAAUUGGAAGAAAAAUCUAAAGAUGGUUACAUUUUCCUUUACGAAUUGGUUAAACAAACUAGAAACCCUAAAGUCUUGCAAGAUCAAUUAUUAAACAUUAUGGUUGCUGGAAGAGACACAACUGCCGGAUUGUUAUCCUUCACCAUGUAUGAAUUGGCAAGAAACCCCCACAUUUGGCAAAAAUUGAGACAAGAAAUCGUUGAGAAUUUCGGCGAAGGAGAAGAUUCUCGUGUUGAAGCCAUCACUUUUGAAACUUUGAAGAAAUGUGAAUAUUUGAAAGCAGUACUCAACGAAGCACUUAGAUUAUACCCAUCAGUUCCAGUAAACUUUAGAACUGCAACUAGAGACACAACUUUGCCACGUGGUGGAGGUGCUGAUGGAUCCAAGCCUAUCUUUGUCCCCAAAGGUUCUACUGUUGCAUACAUGGUUUACAAGACUCACAGAUUGGAAGAAUACUAUGGCAAAGACUCGAAGGAGUUCAAACCUGAAAGAUGGGAAAAUGCAAAGAGAUUGGGCUGGGCUUAUGUGCCAUUCAACGGUGGUCCACGUAUCUGUUUGGGUCAACAAUUUGCCUUGACUGAAGCUAGUUAUGUCGUUGCCAGAUUGGCACAAUUGUUCCCCACUUUGGAAUCGCAAGAUGACAAUUACCCACCAAAGAAAUGUAUACAUUUGACAAUGAACUUGGAUGAGGGUGUUUUUGUCAAGAUGAAGUAA